AUGGGUGACAACAACCAAGCUACUACGGGCUACAACCCUGAAUCCAAUGCCUCCGAUGCUGCUGCCUGGGGCAAAGGCAAGGGCAAGGCGACGGAUCCUGCUCGUGAGAUGCGCAUGGAUGACGAUGAGAGUGAAGAGAGCGAGGAAGAAAUGCUUGAUGAAGCAGAUGAGGACGAAGACAACGACUCCCUGGAGCCCAUCUCCGCCGACAACAUCAUCUCCGGUGGCCGCCGGACGCGUGGCAAGAAUAUCGACUUCCAAAAGGCUGCCGAGAAGUUGAAGGCCGACGAGAUGGACGAUGAUGACGAUGAGGAUGAUGAUUACGUCGGGGCUGCAGAGGAGGAUGAGGACACCAAGAUGCGCGAUUAG